AUGACAACCGAGUCUAAUUCUAUACCUGAAGAUGACAUUUUUGUGGAUAAAGAAGAGUUGUUAAGAGAAGAAUACACAAAUUUAACAAAUGAAGCUGAAAUGAUUUCAAAAGAAAUAUCAGAUAUACAAAACGAAUUAUUGAACACUGAACACUUGAUAGAUGAGCAAGAAAUUAAAAAUAAUGAAUACAAUUCAUAUAUGGAUAAAAAGAAUGAGAAAAGAUUGACAAAUGCAAUAACAUUAGAUGAUUUUCAUAUAUAUACUUUAAGUGAAUUGAAAAGAGAAAGAGAAGAAAUGUUAUCAAUGUAUACAAAAAAGAAGUUUGAAUUACAAGAUAUUCUACUGCAAGAGAAAAAACUUCUGAAGAGUUUCAAAGAAGAACUAGCUUCAACAGUUGACAUUCAGUUAAUUCGUCAAAAACAAGAAGCUGAAAUUGAACGAUUAGAAAAAGAAAUUCGUACAACUCAUGCUUGUCAAUCUGAGCAACUGAAAAGAUUUAAAGAAAUGUCUAAAAUAAAACAAGAACAAUUAGACAGAGAGAUUAAAAGUAUUCUUGACAAUGUCACGGAAGAGGCUAAAAAGAUUUCAAAUAGGCUAAUAAUUGAACAUGUCAGUAAUAUAUGUAACGAAAAUGAAGAGUUAUACAAAGACAUCUUGAGUAAAAUCGAUGAAAUAAAAUUUUUGGAGAAAGAGAAAUCCGCUUUACAGAGACAAAAUGAAGAGAUUAAACGGAAACAAAUGUAUGCCAAGGACUUGGAAUAUAUUGAAAAGAAGCGUUGUGAAGAAGCUAACAAACCGGGUAUUAUCGUUCCAACCAGCCUCAAAGUGAAUGAAAAAAGAGAACUGUCAAUAAUUGAAGUAGAUUAA